UUCGGGAUGAAUUAGCGGCGGGCUCUCCCGGAGGUUGUGACCCCUGCGGAUUCCCCAGCUGACCCACGCGACCCCCACGUUGUUGCGCGGCGUCCCCUCCCGACCCCAGAAUCAUGGUUUCAUGGAAAGGAAUUUACUUCAUACUCACUCUUUUUUGGGGAAGUUUUUUUGGAAGCAUUUUCAUGCUGGGUCCCUUUUUACCUUUGAUGUUUCUAAACCUAUCUUGGUAUCGCUGGAUCAACAACCGCCUUGUGGCCACCUGGCUCACGCUACCUGUGGCAUUGCUGGAGACUAUCUUUGGGGUAAAAGUGAUUAUAACAGGAGAUGCAUUUAUUCCUGGAGAAAGAAGUGUCAUUAUCAUGAACCAUCGGACAAGGAUGGAUUGGAUGUUUCUGUGGAAUUGUCUGAUGAGAUACAGCUACCUCAGACUGGAGAAAGUUUGCCUUAAAGCCAGCCUCAAACGUGUUCCUGGAUUUGGUUGGGCCAUGCAGGCUGCUGCUUAUAUUUUCAUUCAAAGGAAAUGGAAAGAUGACAAGAGCCAUUUUGAAGACAUGAUUGACUAUUUUUGUCACAUCCGAGAACCUCUUCAGCUCCUCAUAUUCCCAGAAGGGACCGAUCUCACAGAAAACAGCAAGGCCCGAAGUAAUGAUUUUGCUGAGCAGAAUGGACUUCAGAAGUAUGAAUAUGUCUUACACCCAAGAACGACCGGCUUUACUUUUGUAGUAGACCGUCUACGAGAAGGUCAGAACCUGGACGCUGUGCACGACAUCACCGUGGCGUACCCCCACAACAUUCCCCAGACGGAGAGGCACCUGCUCAACGGCAGCUUUCCCCAGGAGAUCCACUUCCACGUCCACCGCUACCCCAUCGAUGCCCUCCCCCGCUCCAAGGAGGAGCUGCAGCUCUGGUGCCACAAGCGCUGGGAGGAGAAGGAGGAGCGGCUGCGCGCCUUCUACCAGGGAGACAAGAACUUCGACUUCACUGGACAGAGUGCAAUCCCCCCCUGCAAGUCUGAGCUCAGGGUCCUGGUGACCAAACUACUGUCCAUCCUCUACUGGACCCUGUUCAGUCCUGCCAUGUGCCUGCUCAUCUACCUGUACAGUCCUGUCCGGUGGUAUUUUGUCUUCACCAUUGUCAUCCUCAUGCUGCAAGAGAGACUAUUUGGUGGGCUGGAGAUGAUUGAACUUGCAUGUUACCGUUCUCUACAUAAGCAGGCACAUUUGGAAUCAAAGAAGAGUAAGUGAGGCUAGAAGGUUCACCGCUUAAAAAAGCCUAAGGGAUGUUUUAGAAAUGUUCUAAGCCUUUGUAAACAGAAAUGUGUUUUGUUGUUUUCUGCAUGAUGAUGUCAAAUAUUUCUUACUACCUUCGUCAUUUGCUAAGAUAUUUUGCGGGGGGCGGGAAUCUUGCUGCACAGGUGACUUCUUUUUUAAAUCUCUGAAUGUAAUUCCGAUUCUGCUUAGCAGGGAGCUGAUCGCUGUGAACACACUGGGGCUCCAGGAGAAAACAAUCAUCCAAUGUACACACAUGUGUCACUUAAAGGCCCAACCUGACCGCUUAGCAAGCUCCCUAGUCGGAAAGGCAGAUCUGGCCCCCAUGAACAUAGGCCCAGAUCACCUCCCUAAGGGGAGUGCCCUCCCUCUCUCCUGGCACCCACCUCACCAGGUGCCUGGACACCCUCACUUGGCACUGCCCUCACUCCUUUCUAUGCCAGCCAAACCCGUCCCAUGCCACCUGGCAUCCAGAACUCGGGAUCCCUGACCUUAAGUGGAUCAAGCAUUUGGAGAGGAGGCCCGUCGUGUCAUGGCUCAGAAACCCUUGGCCUCGAGCUAUGUGCUGGACGAGGUGGCAGACGGUCGCCUGCGUCUUUCCCACGAGGGAAGCACAGUCAGGCGUGUCUCUGGAGCAGCCACGGCCCUCUGCUGGGAGCCCUCAGCUGGAGAGCUGCAAGAUGGGAAUAAACAGGAUUGGACUCGACACCCUGCUCACCGAGCCUGCUUACCUCUGCGUUCCCUGGGCAGGUGUCAGCUUUUCUGCAUUCAAAAUGGUGUACGCAAAGUCACAUCCUUUCUCAAAGGAAAGCUUUGGAGACCCUUCUGUCUUGAUAGUCAGAAGCUGUCUUUUGAAGUUGUGCACCUUUUAAAAUAUUUCUUUAAAACCUCUCCAAAAGCAAGGGUCUGAUGGCUGCGUGUGCAUGGGCAUCUCACGUCUGCCGUGAAAACGGCAGUAGACCUGCUUGCAGACAGGGCAGGAAUGGUUUCAGCUCCGUAGCCUUGACACUUUGUACUCUUCAAACCAAACUGAUAGGACAGAAACGAAUCCUUUUUCAUUUGUGUGUGCAAACCAAACUGAUAGGACAGAAACGAAUCCUUUUUCAUUUGUGUGUGUGUGUGUGUGUGUGUGUGUGUGUCUGUUUUUUAAUCCCAGGCUCCCUGUGUCAUUGUUAAUAUUGACCCAAAUGUUCCCAUUAUUUCAAGUCCACGGACAAUCUUGAGAACCAAGAGCCCCAGCCUGUCUGAGGCACAGAGCAUGUCCUAGUGGUUGCCAUGUCCUGAAAGCGGGCACUGCUGUGUACCUCAGUCAUGGGCAUGCUUGGUCCGAGCAGCAGGAAUGUGAGCCAAGAGUCGUUUGCGGUUAGCAAGCAUGUCAGCCUCCUCUCUGCAGUGAACCAGCCUCCAAAGCCAGCUACUCCCAGCUCCGUGCGCUCUUUGGCACGAAUGCCUUCCCGUUCAGUGCACCUCUUACUCGCCUGAUGGUGGCUCUCCCAACACCUGAACCGAGUGCUGUCCGUGAGACGAACUCACAAGAGCUGAUUCUUUGAGAAAGUAUGGGUUGCUUCAUCCUUGUUAUGGGAAGGGUACCUCACCCACCUCUAUUGAAUGCCCCUCACACGCGGUUUUGGGGCUCCUGGCUGUUCCUAAUUAGUUAUUAGGCGCAUCUGCUCCAAACCCAGCUGUUUAACGUCAUGGUUUUUAAAGCUGUUCCUCCUCUUUUUCUUUGUUUGGCCCUCAUGUUUGUUUGGGGCUUUUCUUUUAUCCUCCCUUAAUAAAAGAGGUUUCUAAUUCAGGUUUCUCCACGACUUCCUUUGGCUAUUCCUGGAAAGACAGGAAGUUAGGGUCGCAUUUGUCCUGGGUGAGAGAGAGAGGCUACAGUGCCUUUUACCCCAGAGGUCUUGAGAACGCAGCCAGCGCACCCCAGCUGUUCACUAGUCUCUCCACGCCCCUGCCUCACCCGGCCCCUCAUUCCAGAUGUGGUGUGCACCAACUGAGUGCCAGCCAGCACUCCCUGAAGCCUGGUGAGGGGGUUUCUUUGUUACUGUAAUUCAAAACACAGGCACUCUGGGUAAACUAUGUGGGAUUCAUAACAGUAAAGCCUAGAGCUGGGCACCAGUGACCAUCGUACUGGCUUUAAGCAUUAGAAACGAUGAAGUCACACAGAUAAGUCCCACUGGGGGUCAGGGGGUGGUUACUUGGCCUUUUGCUGCCAAGUCUCCUUUGAAAUUAAACCUGUUCGCAUCUCUCGCCCCUUGUCUUUCCAUGAAACCCCUCUCCUGGGUAAAUAACUAAUGUCCAAAAGAAAUAGGUGGUCGAUGAUUUGGGCCUGAGAGAUGGCUGUUUGAAAUCAAUGACUGAAUGUCACAUCUGGCCGACAGUGGCUUUUCAUCAUGGUCACCCUCAGGAAUUACCUGUACCUGCCCUGCCCAUCCCUCCAGAUCCAAAGCCCCUCCCUUCUCACCCAACUAUUACUGGGCCCCCUGUCCCUGCUCAGCUUUUCUUUCUGUCUUUUGAAGGCAAACUCGAUGGAUUUUGACAUUUGUAUCACACCAUCGGUCCAUUUUUAAGUCUUUCAUUACCGUCCUGUAAAUUUUCCAGGGAAAGCCAGUGCUGUUCAUAUAGGACAUGGCCCGUGACACAUGAACAUACUAGACAGGGGCCAACGCGUUCUUUAGCCAGACAUCUCUCUGAUGAUACAAGCCCAACUCGUUUCAAACUUCAUUAGCAGAACGCGCUAAUGGACCAACGACAACAUCAACCUUAGACGGGGCUCCGAAUGAAACCCUUCCGUGUUUUGUGUGCUAUUGAAAUGCAGAUUGAAAGGGAAAAAGCCGUUUCCAUACUAGUCAUUGAGAUUAUUCAUUUCAAGGGCACCAUUCAGAGAGCUUGUCACAGAAACCCCAGCGGAAACUGAGUUCUACGGAAAGGGAGAUCAUUUCCUCCGACUUCGAACCCUGACCCCACCACUCUACCAUGUGUCCCUACCAAUCCAGACUAAGGAGUGAGGUCGCGGACGCCAAACUGUUUACAAUUCUGUGUAUAAAACACGUGCUUCCAGUGCCUUAGAUACGGGCCCUUUCUUCUCUGGUCCUAAGAACCCUGCCAUGUGUCUCUUAGGGAAAAGGCUUUCUCUGUGCCUCACUGAGAGGAGAAUGGUUUGACUCUGGUCCCUGUCCCCGGCAGACACCGCUUGGUGGUAACACCUGGAGGUGUGUGCAGGCUGGAGGUGGUGGCCUUGUACCUGGGAUUUCCUUGUAGGCAGAAAAGUGGCUUUGCCCCGCGAUGAGCUUCAGAUGAGAUACGGCCCCUCCCGUCGUUUUGUACCUCCCGCGGUUUUUUAUUUCCUAAGAAGAUCUUGGUUGGGGUGCAUCAUUUUUUUUACAAAAGAACAUAAUGUGUAAACAUAAUAACCAAGUUUUAAAAAAGGACUCACAGGAUGGCCUUAGUUUUCAGCACCCCGCGGGCUGUGUGCGUGUCGUGCUGUCUGUAACGUACCCCCCAGAAUAAAACAGCACAUUCAGUAGG